GUCCUGAUCUGGUCCUCAUCUGGUCCUGAUCUGGGUCUGGGUCCUGCUGUCAGACUGGAACAGGUGAACCAGGUUCUGUGGUACCUGAACCGAACCUGAAGCCUCCAUGUGGAUCCGGUUGACCUGAACACCGGACUCAUCGGCCAUCAGGUCCUCCAGGCUGCAGCAUGGAGCGCUCCGGCAGCAUCCAGCUGGACAUCCCGGACUUCAGUAACUCGGUUCUGUCUCACCUGAACCAGCUGCGUGUUCAGGGCCGUCUGUGCGACAUCGUGGUCAACGUGCAGGGUCAGAGCUUCCGGGCGCACAAGGUGGUCCUCGCCGCCAGCUCGCCCUACUUCCGGGACCACAUGUCUCUGGGCCAGAUGAGCACCGUCUCGCUGACGGUGAUCCGCAACCCGUCGGUGUUCGAGCAGCUGCUGUCCUUCUGCUACACCGGACGCCUCUGCCUGCAGCUCGCCGACAUCAUCAGCUACCUGACGGCCGCCAGCUUCCUGCAGAUGCAGCACAUCAUCGACCGCUGCACUCAGAUCCUGGAGGGCAUCCACCUGAAGAUCAGCCUGGCGGACCUGGACGAGGACCCGCGGGAGGACGAGGCGGCUCGGGUGGCCAGGGGCAGCCGGACCCUGGAGGCCGUGGUGCGAGCGGGCGGCCAUCACGCCGGCCUGCGGCUGCUCGCGCGCGGGGGCGCCGAGGUGUGCGAGGCCGUCAGCCCCGCCGAGGAGCCCCUCAGCCCGCCGCCGACCGUGGAGCACAGCGGACUGGAGGGAACCGGGGCCUCCGGCAGAGCGGGAAAAGAACCGAUCCUUCGCAUCAACCGGGCCGGUCAGUGGUACGUUGAGACCAACAGCGAGCCGGAGCGGACCGGCAGCGCCGAGGAGGGCGGUGGCAUGGACCGCGUGAGGAUCAAGACGGAGAGGAUGGAGGACUGGAUCGGGGCAGGGGAGCACCAGGAGGAGGAGGGGGCGGCGGAGGAGGCCACCGUGAUGAUUGACACGUCGGGACGCAGCACGCUGGUGACGGCGCCGCUGGGACCGCUGGGGAACCGCAGCGCCCAACCGUCCUCCAGCUUCAGCGAGACGGACAGGUUCAGUCCAACGGGCAGUGUGGUCGUCCUGGCGGAGCGUCAGAGAGCGAAGAGUGAGUCUCCCAGCAGAGCAGACGAGCUGCGACAGCCGAGCUCCCAGGGGGAGGAGCAUGCAGCGUUUGAUAUGGGCGGCUACGAGGACUACCUGAGGGAGCAGGUAGGGGACCGCUGGUACCGCUACAACCCCCGGCUCACCUGCAUCUACUGCUGCAAGUCCUUCAACCAGAAGGGCAGUCUGGACCGUCACAUGCGGCUGCACAUGGGCAUCACGCCGUUCGUCUGCCGGAUCUGCGGUAAGAAGUACACCCGCAAGGACCAGCUGGAGUACCACAUCCGCAAGCACACCGGCAACAAGCCCUUCCACUGCCACGUCUGUGGCAAGAGCUUCCCCUUCCAGGCCAUCCUCAACCAGCACUUUCGCAAGAACCACCCGGGCUGCGCCCCCAGGAGGCCCACAGCGCCCCCCGAGACCACCACCGCCUCCGUCACCUCCAGGGGAGGGCCGAGCGACGAGGUCCCCAGCCAGGAGGAGCCCGAGGGCGGCGCCAGCAGCGGCGGAGGCCAGUACAGCGAGGGUCCCCAGGCCUCGGUCUCCACCACGGGGCCCGACUGACCCUGAGGGGGGGAGGGUCCAGGUCGAGGUUGGGGGUCACAGACCUGGACGGCUGCUCGGAUCCUGUUGCACCUGAAGCCAACAGGACGCCAAACCGCUGAAGUGGACCAGCGACAGAAAGGACAGAAGAGUCCGAAUCGAGAGGAUUUUUCCGCUUUAAACCGCAUCUACCUUCACUAACGGAACCGAACAGAUUAAGCUACGAUGAAGAACCGUCACACACUCCAAGAACCUCACGCACCGCACGACCGCCGGGCCUCGUCUGCCUCCGUCUACUUUAUGUUACAGAGUUCUACUUUUAUAACGUCUGCCGGGAACUUUGCCAAAAUACUCGGUGCCAGUUCAACAGUUCAAAUCCUUCAUAUUUGCCUUGAGACAAUC